GGAGAGCUGCGGAGCUGAAAUGAAGCGCAAACACGGAGCGGCUCACACCGUCCACAGCCGCGCGGCUCAGGAAGAGGCUCCACUCCGCUCCAGCUCCACCCCGCCGCGGCUGAAUGAAGGGCUCCGUCCAUGCGGAGGCUAGCGCUCUUCCUGCUGCCCUGUGCUGUCGCCGUCCUGGUGCACUUGUGGUUGGCACAGCGACCCUCCUUCGCCUUCUUCUGCGAGCCGCUGGACAACAGCACUCACUCGGAUGAACCGUUGCCUUUCUGGGAUGUUUUGGUGGGAGUCCUGUCAGCGCGGCAUCAUCAUGACCUUCGACAAGCGAUAAGAGAAACAUGGCUGGGAUACAUUAGAGAUCACCCACACUUUAAGCGCAGAGUGGUGGUGAAGUUUAUCGUGGGUCGACACGGAUGCCCCAUUCCGGACGAGGACAGGGAGGAUCCUUACUCUUGUUCCCUCCUGAACUUCAGCGAACCAGUGACAGGACAGGAUGCAGAGAUGGAGAUUGUUAGAGUGGAUCACCCGGCGCUGCUCGUCCCUUCUGAUGUCACAGCUAUCGCUCUAGACUUUAAGGUCCUGCACCCGGUGGUGAUAACCCGCCUCGGGGUGUUCUCCACUGGGACGCUAGCUGAACUUCACAGCAAUGUGACGGUGAAGCUUCUGCAGCUGGACCAGGAGGAGGCAGUGGUUACAGCUCGCUUCAGCUCCAUCAGCAUGGGAACCAUGGCAAACUGGGUGUGGUACAAACCAGUGGAGCAGUUCAUCCUGCCCAAGGGUUUUGAGGGGACGCUGGUUUGGGAGAGUCAGGACUCUGCUCCGCUGACCACUGUCAACUCCUCCUCUGUGGAGCUCAAUGAUGGAGGAGGUGUCCUCAAGUUCUCCUCUAUUGCAGAGGGCAUAUUGCCUCACAGAAGUGCUCUUGGGUUUCCUGGUCUGGCUGGAGGCUUCACAUUCACCAUCUACGAUGAGGACGGAUUGUCGGGGCUCCUGCGUGGCCGCGCUGCCAGAAUGGAAAGGCAUGCCUCCGGUUUGAAGCGGGAGGACGCUGCCCUGCAGGAGGAAAGCCUCAGGCAUGGAGAUAUCGUGUUUGUAGACGUGGUGGACACCUACAGGAACGUGCCUUCCAAGUUGCUUCAGUUCUAUAAAUGGUCCGUGGGAAACGCUGACUUCAGUCUGCUGCUGAAGACGGAUGAUGAUUGCUUCAUCGACGUGGACUCGGUGUUAAUGAAAAUUGACCACAAGGGUCUGAGGCGCAGAAACUUCUGGUGGGGGAAUUUCAGGCAGAGCUGGGCCGUGGAUCGGAUCGGGAAGUGGCAGGAGCUGGAGUACGCCAGCCCAGCUUAUCCUGCGUUCGCCUGUGGCUCAGGAUACGUGGUUUCUCACGACCUGGUCCAGUGGCUCGCCGGUAACGCAGAGCAGCUGAAAGCCUAUCAGGGUGAAGACGUAAGCAUGGGAAUAUGGAUGGCAGCUGUCGGGCCGCAGAAGUAUCAGGACGCCGGCUGGUUGUGUGAGAAGGAGUGCUACCUGGACAUGCUGUCAUCUCCUCAGCACACAGCCAAGGAGCUGCGCAUCCUCUGGGAUAGGAAGAAGGUGUGUGGAGACCCCUGUGGGUGUCCCUGAUCGGGCGCCGCUCCAACCCUGUAGCACUGUGGGUAAAAAAAAAACAAGAAAAGAUGCACUUAAACACUUGUUCAGUUUCUGGAGACUUUUCUUUACUCACCAGGUGGUGCAUUUAAUAUUAUAAGGCUUGAAGGAUACGAUUUUUUUCUGAUGAUUUAAAAUGUUAAAAAUAUUAGAAAUAUUAGAAUAAACAAUCUGCAGUAAGGGUUUGUUGUAUUUUACCGUCAGUAACUGUUAAUUAUUAGGUCAGUUUUAUUAAGAGGGAAGAAUCACAUAAAAAAGGUUUGUAUAAUUGUGAUUUAAAGGAGAUAUUCAAUUGCAUUUUAAAGACAACUGGUCCUGCUUUGCUUUAUUUAGUGAAAACGUUACCGUCCCCUCACCGUUUGUAGAUUCCUCACAAGCAGAAAUUAUUUGUACUGUAUCAGUUCUCGUGCGAGUAGUGAGCGAUGUGGCCUUACUGUGUUUGUUCAGCAUCAUUCUGUUCGUACGUGAGCCUUAAGCACAGACAGGAAGAGCGACUACGAAGCGGACAUUGGAACCCAGAGGAGAGAUGAAGGACUUUGCUUCCCGUUUAUUUCGGGGCAGAAAACUCGACUGUUGCGGCUGCAGCUUUAAGGUUUGACGUAUGCAGUCGGGAAGACUGAGUUUUCUUGAAAAGGAAUAUAAAAUCAGCCCCAGUAAUUGUGUUGCCGUGACAGGGGGCUGAAAUCUGCAGGAAUAUUUUAAAAAGGAGAUAGAAAGUGUGAAGCGCUCCCCCUUUGCUCUGAUGGAUGUUAAUCUGAAGCGCUGACGACAGCAGAAGCAGUCUGAAGCUAAGUUAUAAGAGUUAAUAUUCCCCCUCUGGCUGUUUGUUUUUGUAAAUAAUGAAAGAUGAUGCUUAAUAUUUUAUUAAAGCAGGAUUAUAAAACAAUGUUUUUUUGUGUUCAGUUUAUUUCUACUAACAUGGCAGCAGAAACUCAUCCUUUAACCUCCUCCCCUUCACUCGGCUUCAUGAUAACGGAGUCACAUCCUGCAUCUGUUCCACUCUCUCAGCUAGAUAAGCACGCCAUUUUUUUCUCAGCCCAUCAGCUUCUCCCCCUGAUUCUGCUCGAAGCCCUUCGUUGUGAGCCGAUAGCAGCGUGGAAAUGACACGGGAGAUGAAAAAUAAUCUGGCUUUCUGUACGAGCGCCUCUGUAGAUUAUGGAGUUAUUGAUUUUUGUCUUAACUUUGAUGGGCGAUGUUGAAACGCUGUCACAUGCUGACAUAUCCCAAAUCCUCUAAAUCCUUGAUUCGCAGGCCUGCUCAGACGUACAUUCAGAUCUAUCCAGAUAAUGAAAUCAGCUGAACUGUAACUGGGGACAAAUUGGUGCAUGUUUAGUAGAAGAUCUGUUAUGUUUUGUGUUCUGAUUUUCCUCCAGCUUCUCUGUUAUAAGAAAAAAAACUGCUCUGUUUCCUAUCGCCUUAAAUGUAUUCACACCCUCUGAGCUGCCUCUCAUUUUGUCACAUUAGAACCAAAAGCUUAGUUGUAUUUAAUGAGGCAACACAAAGCGGUGCAUAAUUGUGAUCACGCCACGAAUAGACUCGGCCUAUAAAAGUUUGAGAAGUGUA